AUGGAGGUGGAUAUCUCCCCCCCAGGCGGAACCCGUCCGGCGACUCCGCUCCUGGGUGAAAACUCUGACCCCCCCUCAGGACCUACCACCCCGACCCCCCUACCCCGGAACUCCCUGAAGAGAAGGGCCUUAUUCUCCCCGCAGAAGACUCCCACUGCAGCUCCAGUCCCUGUAUCCCAUACGCCGCAAGCCCCGUCGAUCUGCGAACAGGUCGGCAUGGUAGCAGACGACCAGCUAGCCCUUCUUCAUGAUUGGAAACUAGCCAUGACCUCCCUUGCCAAAGCUCUAGAUCUAACUGUCUCCUCCCUACAGGGCCGCCCAAGAGACCUGGCCCGGGAGCUUGCAGCCAGAUUCGUCACCCUUGCAAAGCAGGACUCCCCUCAGCAGAUUUCUCAGAUGCCUGUGGUUGCACCCCCACAGCCACCCAGACAGAUGGAACAGCCAAACCAUCCUCCCACUCCUGAAGCUUCCAAAAGCCCCCUGAACAGGCAAACCUCGCAGCCUACAACCUGGGCAUCCCUAACAGCUCCAAGAACUGGCCAGGGGAACUGGCAAACUAUUGCCCCUGAACACCAUAUGCAAGCCAAGCAAACAGCACAACGAAGGCUGAAGCAGUCAAACAAGACUGACCACCGCAUCUUCCUCCGCCUCCCGGCCUCCUCCAGCCUCCGAGCUAUUGGACCACAUGGCAUCCGGGUCACCCUUGCUGGGAAGGUUCCGGUCGGGAUCACACAGGUACAAGUAAUAUCAACCGGGUAUGCAAUCACUACAACAGAACAGGGCAAGGCUUUCCUACUAUCAGAGAAGGCUGCAAGCCUAGCUGGGGAUGGGUACUUUGAAAUUCCAACAGAGUACCACCAGGUUAUUGUCUCCCGGAUCCCAAAACAACUCUGGUCCCUAGAUGGAUGGAUAGAUACAACAAUUGCAGACAUUAGCAUGGAAGCAGAGCGCAUUACUGGCAUUAAGCCUCUCAUGGCCAAGCUCUCAAAACACCCAGUAGAGAGGGACUCUAUCACAGCAGUCAUAGCCUUUCCAAAAAAGCUACAACACCCCCUGCAACUCUUUGGCUUGUCUGGCCUAUCAAGGCCCACUCGCCCCAAGCAAAGGCCUUUGCAAUGCACCCGAUGCUACCGCUUCCACGAUACAAGGGCCUGCCGCUCUAGUGACCGAUGCAUCUCCUGCGGAUCCUCAAAACAAGAUCAUAACUGCCAUGUACAGUGUAUCAACUGCUGCGGCCCACAUGCAGCAGACUUCCCAAAAUGCCCAGCCAGACCCCAUGUCCAGAGGAACAUUAUUACCCGCCUCUCGAAGGAUGCUCUAGCUGCUAUCCGCAAGGCUGGCCGGCUUGCCUUCCAACAGGAACAGAAGAAAGCUGAAAGUUCUAAACAACAAGCAGACAGAAGGGGGGGCGCUGCACAUGACCUGCUACUCUCCUUUGAAGCAGAUAUCAUCCUUGUCCAAGAACCUUGGACAAAUACAGCAAAACACCUAACCAAGACCCACCCACGAUAUCAGCUGUUCAGUCCCCCAACCCGAUGGACUGCCAGGCCCAGAACUCUAACAUAUGUACGAAGGGAUCUCCCAGCCCAUUCCCUCCCGGAACCUAUCUCUCCGGAUAUCACCACAAUCUACACGGCAGGCCUUACUAUUAUCAAUGUUUAUCGGCCCCCUAAUGACCCAGUUGCCCCUGCUGGUGCUGGCUCAACACCCUCUACACUUUCCACACUCCUAGGAUAUACCCCACCAGAGAACACCAUCCUAGCAGGAGACUUCAAUACCCGGCACCCAUUCUGGCAGCCAGAUACUGAGUCUCAUGCUGUCACACCUGGCGCAACAGGACUAUUAGACUGGCUUGAUGCCCACGAGCUGGAACUUCGCCUCGAGCCAGGCACCCCUACCCGUGGACCAAAUAUCCCUAGACCUAGUCUUCUCUAA